AUGGAUACGACCACAAGACCACAAGUGUUCCAGUCCAGCUUCUCCAUCCGCUCGCUGCUCUCGGAGAAGGGCGAGGAGUACUGCCUCCAGCCGUCCAGCCCCAGUCAUUCGUGCAACAGCUCCGAGGAGGCCUCCUCCGAUGAGAGCCACACCCACUCGAACUCGCACUCGUCCAGCGGCAGUGUCACCACCAGCCCCACAAUAGGCGGUGACAAGGACGCCAGCAAGCCGGCCUUCACCUACAGCGCCCUCAUCGUGAUGGCCAUCCGCAGCAGCCCAGAGAAGCGACUGACCCUCAGUGGGAUCUGUAAGUGGAUAGCCGACAGCUUUGCCUACUACCAGAACCACAAGAGCGUCUGGCAGAACUCCAUCCGGCACAACCUCAGCCUGAAUCCGUGCUUUGUGCGGGUGCCGCGUGCCCUGGACGAUCCCGGACGGGGCCACUACUGGGCACUGGAUCCCUAUGCCGAGGAUCUGACCAUUGGCGAGACUACGGGUCGCCUGCGACGCAGCCACACAGCCUCAGCCGGCCAGCAUCUACUAGGACGCUCCAAGGCGGCUCAUCCCUACCAGCAGCAGAUGCAGCUCUAUGCCCACUCCAUAACGCAACAGCAGCAGAAACAUCAAUGA